UAGACUGGAAGGUUUCUCUUUUUGCCUGCUGCCGUUUGCAGACUCUGCAGAGGAGGGGGGGGGCACUACUGUGUUCACCGCACUCACUGGGGAUGCUACACCCACAGAGAGAAAGUAGUCAUACAGGCACGUAAGCUCUCUCCCCAGCCUCCCCGCCCUUUUUUGCUAUUAGCUUGAAGGUUUCCUUGCUCAUGUAAUGCACUCACUCACUCAAGAGAUCAGAGCCUUCUCCAGGACUAAUUUAAGGAAGCAAUGUACCCGAGUCACCACUUUAUCAGGGAAGAGGAUUAUAGAGACGUGGAAGGAUGCCCGCAUGCAGGUGGUCGAAGCCGCUGAUCUGAACGACGGAGAGUCCUGUGGUUACGUACAGGACCUGAGCUUGGAUCUGCAAGUGGGUGUCGUGAAACCAUGGCUCUUGCUGGGAUCACAGGAUGCUGCCCAUGACCUGGAGACCAUGAAAAAAUACAGGGUUACCCACAUUCUAAAUGUCGCCUAUGGAGUUGAAAACGCCUUCCCCGAUGACUUCACAUGCAAGACCAUUCCUAUCCUCGAUCUGCCCGAGACUGACAUUUUGUCUUAUUUUCCCGAGUGCUUUGAAUUUAUUGAGCAAGUCAAGUUGAAGGAUGGUGUGGUGCUUGUUCACUGUAAUGCGGGAGUCUCUCGCGCUGCAGCCAUCGUCAUCGGCUUCCUCAUGCAUUCAGAAGGACUCAGUUUUUCUCAGGCCUUUUCUGUGGUGAAAAAUGCGAGACCGGCCAUUUGUCCAAAUUCUGGUUUUAUGGAGCAGCUUCACAAAUACCAACAGUGCAAUAAUAAAGCAAACGGGACUUUAAAUGAUAUUUGAAUGGUGAAAGGGGAAGGAUGAACCUUUGUGGUAGCACGGGAAUGGAAGAUUGCGGCCAAUACCUUUGGAUGCAAGAGUCAUGGGACAUGCCCAGAAUUAGCCCCUGAAGCCGAGCUGUCAUUGUGGAGUUAACCUUUGUGCUCUCAUACAUUAUUUGAGAUUAAUUUCCCCUCAACUAAUUCUUCUGUGUUUGCUUCUUUAAAAAAAAACCAUUUUCACAGUAAUGGGUGUAACAAUAAUGAAUCAGCUUCGAUUUGCAAUGACUGGUUGGUUUGGUAGUUGCUGUCUCACGUGUAACCAUCCCCUACAGAAUCAGGGUUGCCAACUGCCAGGUAGAACUUGGAGAUCUCCCAGAAUUACAGCUGAUCUCCAGGC